AAACCACUUUGCCCUCUCUUCUUUCGAAAACCAAGAUCAAUGUCCUCAUAGCCCAAGACCGCAAGACCAUCACAAUCACAGCCAUUAUCGCAUAACGCACCACACCCGCACCAAUGCGUCUUUCAGCAACCCUCCCACUACUUCCCCUCGCAGCUGCCCUCCCCACCGCCCACCCAGACGCAAACGCAAACGCAAAACCUCUCCCCUUGAUCAUCUGGCAUGGCCUCGGUGACCGCUAUGAUGCCGACGGAAUAGCAGAUGUCGCCGCCCUAGCCAACGAAUUACACCCGGGCACCCUCGUCUACCCCAUCCGCGUCGCCCCAGACGGCAGCGCCGACUCUCGCGCCACCUUCUUCGGCAACCUCACCACGCAAAUAAACGACGUGUGCACCACUUUAUCCUCCAAUACCUCUUUCUCCGCCAACAACACACGCAUCGACGCCCUAGGGUUUUCACAAGGAGGUCAAUUCCUCCGCGGUUUGGUGGAGAGAUGUCCAGGCAUAGAGGUUAGAAGUCUAGUAACUUUCGGCUCCCAACACAACGGCAUUGCCAAGUUCCAAAACUGCGGCACUUGGGAUUUGGUUUGCAAAGGAGCCAUGGCGGCGAUCAAAGGAAAUGCAUUCGGGGAUUGGGUACAGGGCAAUAUCAUCCCUGCUCAAUAUUACAAAGAGGUCAACGCAACCACCGGAAACCCCACCACCGAAUACUUGGAAAAAAGCAAUUUCAUCGCCGAUAUCAAUAAUGAACGCGCCAACAAGACAAAGGAAUACAAACACCGUUUGGCCAGGCUCGAUAAUUUCGCAAUGUACGUUUUUGAGGACGACAAGACUGUUAUCCCCAAGGAAUCCGGAUGGUUUUCUGAAGUCAACACGACGAGUUUGGAGGUCACUGCUUUGAGGGACAGGGAAAUCUAUCAGCAGGAUUGGAUUGGGUUGAAGCGGUUGGAUCAGAAGGGUGCGCUGGUGUUCAGGAAUGCUAGCGGUGGACACAUGGAUUUGAGCGAGAAGGUGUUGACGGAGGCUUUCUUGGAUUUCUUCGGACCGGAGAGAAAGAGUUUAGUAGAGGAGGUCAAGGAGGAGGUGGACCAGGUUAUGGAGAAGGUUAGGGAGGGGGCGCAGAUGGUUUUUGAAGAGCUGUAGAUGACCCGCCGGAAGAAAGACUCUAGUGUCAUUUAAUCUAUCCUUGCAUCACG